AUGCCGCACUGUACGAGAGCGGCGAGUAGGAUGCCGGUGGGCAGCAAGGGGAUGGUGAUGGUGGCACCGCUAGAGGGUGUGACCGUGAUAUCUGAUGCUGCAUAUUUGUUCACCUGUGCUGAGUUGGCGAUACAGAUGGAGGAGAAGAUGAGCUGGACGUGGAGCCCAACUCCACGCCCCCCGUCCCCGAUCUCGCCGGCAGCCACGUCCACCCCAUCCCCGAGCUCGCCGGCGCCCACGUCCUCCCCGUACCCGAGCUCGCCGGCGCCCACGUCCUCCCCGUCCCCGACCUCGCCGGCGCCCGCGGCUCCGGCGGCGCCUCGCCCUACCGCGCGGCCGGCUCGAAGGCCGCCUAUUAAACCGCCGGCGCCGAAGCCGCCGGUGCAUAAGCCGCCGUCUCCUGCGACAAGGCAGACACCUAGACCUUCGGCGCCGCCGGCCCCAGUGCCGCCAUCUCCACCCGCGGCCUCGCCGGCGUCAAAGCCGCCACCUGCAACGCCAGCGCCGACUCAAAAGCCUUCUCCCGCACCCGCUCCGAAACCGUCUCCUCCUACUCCGUCUCCACCACCACCAGCACAAAAACCUGCUCCUCCGACUCCACCGCCGGCUUCGGCGCACAACUCUUCCCCGACGUCGUCUUCGUUGGGCCUCUCGCCGAGCUUCUACGCGCUCUCCUGCCCGGGCGUGGAGCUGGCGGUGAGCAACGCUGUCAGGUCGGCAUCCACCUUGGACCCUACCAUCCCCGGCAAGCUCCUCAGGAUGGUCUUCCACGACUGCUUCGUAGAGGGAUGUGAUGCAUCGGUGCUGAUACAAGGUGACGGCUCAGAGAUGACCGAUCCUGCGAACCUCUCGCUCGGCGGGUUCAAUGUGAUCGAUGAAGCCAAGAGGCUGCUCGAAGCCGUGUGCCCUACAACCGUUUCUUGCAGUGACAUUGUAGUCCUUGCUGCCAGAGAUGCUGUCACAUUGACCGGAGGACCGUCGGUGCCCGCCUCCCUUGGGCGACGUGACAGCGUCGUCUCCCUGGCGUCCAACGUCAGAAGAGACAUCAUCGAUACGGGCUUCUCCGUCGACGCCAUGGCGGCCAGCUUCGCUUCCAAGGGGCUCAGCCUGGACGACCUCGUCACCCUAUCAGGUGGGCACACCAUCGGGUUGGCGCACUGCGGCACGUUCUGGGAGCGGUUCCACCCGGACGCGAACGGGAGCAUGGUGCCCGUGGACGGCACGAUGAACACCGACUACGCAACCACGCUGGCGCGGACGUGCGUGGCGUCGGGGAGCGCGACGGUGGACUGCGACGAGGGGUCGGCGGCGACGUUCGACAACCGGUACUUCAGCAACCUGCUAGACGGGCGGGGGCUGCUGCGCACGGACGCGGUGCUGGUGCAGAACCCCACGACGCGCGCGACGGUGGCGGCGUUCGCGCAGAGCCAGGAGAGCUUCUUCCGCAGCUGGGCGAGCUCGUUCGCCAGGCUCACCAGCCUCGGCGUCAAGACCGGCUCCGACGGCGAGAUCCGGCGGCUCUGCUCCAGCGUCAACAGUGGCUGA